UCGUUUUUUAUCUAUUUCCUGAAAUUAAGUGGGUGAAAGAAAAUAUUUUAUUGCAUAACUCUCAAAAAAGACGUUCGAAUGAGCCAAAUUUAAAUGUCUAUUAACUGUUAGGUACAUAAUUUGAUUCAAAAAAAUUUCAUAGUGCUAGUGGCCUUUGACCUAAAUAUUAACUAUAGGCACAAAAUGGCGCAAAGCUAGAUUGAUAAACAUCACUGCCUUUUUCUAGUAUAUAUUUUUUAGAUUUUUAAGCGUUAAAACAUAAUGAAAGAUUACUUUUUGGCAGCUUUCUCAGUUCUUGCAAGUUUUAUUCUUGUUAUACUCUUUAUUUUAUGCGGAUGGUUCACAGUUUGGAAGCUUAUUCUAAGUAGAUUCCGUUUCGUAAGGGAACUGAUAAAGGGAGCCGAAUUGCAAUUUUCCAGAAAUAAAUUGAGACCGAGAAGAGACUGAAUCUGUAAAAAAAAUGAAUAUUCGUUGUGCAAAGCCCGAAGAUUUAAUGAACAUGCAACACUGCAACUUGUUGUGCUUACCCGAAAACUAUCAAAUGAAAUACUAUUUCUACCAUGGCCUCAGCUGGCCACAACUUAGCUACGUAGCAGAGGAUGAAAAAGGGAACAUUGUUGGUUAUGUUCUGGCAAAAAUGGAAGAAGACCAAGAAGAUCUGAAGCACGGACACAUAACGUCUCUUGCUGUGAAACGAUCCCAUAGGAGAUUGGGGUUAGCGCAAAAGUUGAUGGAUCAAGCAUCUGAGGCGAUGGUAGAAUGUUUCGAUGCGAAAUACGUUUCUUUGCAUGUUCGUAAAAGUAAUAGGGCCGCUUUGAAUUUAUACAAAAACUCUCUAAAAUUCGAAACAGUAGAAAUCGAACCGAAAUAUUACGCAGACGGAGAAGAUGCGUAUUCGAUGAGGAGAGACUUAUCUGAAUUUGCUAAAAAAGUUAAACCUAAGUCUGAAAAUAAAAACGAAGAGUAGCUUAAUUAUUUCUAACUUUUUAUAUUUAAACUAAAUAAUAACAAUAAUACGAAAA